AUACCUUCUUCACCGAUCUCGACAAGUCACGGAGUACACAUCACAAGGAAACCAGAGCCGGAACAAGGGAGGGAGAGGUGUACGACAGAUGGGGAAGAGGAAAGGAGAAAUGAUGUACACGUUCUUGUUAUUCUUGACCACGUCGGCCAUGGUCAGCGAAGCCAUCUGGUUAAAUCUUCCGUCUUCUGGAACCAAGUGCGUCUCCGAGGAAAUCCAGAACAACGUCGUCGUUUUGGCCGACUAUCUCGUUAUCUCUGAGGAUCAUUCCUUCCUCCCUAGCAUCUCCAUCAAGGUGACAUCUCCAUAUGGGAACACACUUCAUCACAGAGAAAAUGUGACUCAUGGUCAAUUUGCAUUCACUACCCAAGAGGCCGGGAACUACCUGGCAUGUUUUUGGGCUGAUGGUCACAACCAUGGGGCUGGGGAUAUAAGCAUUAACAUUGACUGGAAAACUGGUAUUGCAGCUAAGGAUUGGGAUUCAGUUGCCAAGAAAGAGAAGAUUGAGGGUGUUGAGCUUGAACUGAGGAAACUUGAAGGAGCUGUAGAGGCCAUUCAUGAAAAUUUACUUUAUCUCAAAACCAGAGAAGCGGAGAUGAGGACCGUGAGUGAGAAAACAAAUGCCAGAGUAGCAUGGUUUAGUAUCAUGUCUCUGGGCAUCUGCAUUGUGGUUUCAGUUGUACAGAUCCUGUACUUGAAGCGAUUUUUCCAAAAGAAGAAGCUUAUCUAGGUUGCUAGCAGUUAAAAUUAUGAUUAUUAGUUAAAAGAACAGAUAGUUGGAAAAAAAUCGAGUACUUUCUUUUUCUUUUUUCUUUUUUUAACUUUUUGAUUACAUAUCGCAUGCCACGACAAGAAUUUUUGAUACAGUUAACAGAAAACCCAGCACAUUCAUGCCAAUCAAGAAAAAGUUUAUGUUCAGUUU